AUGGAUGGCACAAACUGCUUGAUGAUCCGUAACACCACGCUUGGACGUCCGUCCGAAAUGGCCAUAGAUUUCGAGCAGGACCGAGUUUGCUGGGGAGACACGCUCUUGAAAAUGAUCAGUUGCAUGGAUUUCGAUGGCACCAAGGUCGUUGCCCUGCCUGUCGACAACCCGAUCCCGGUCGCAUUGACUGUUAUGGGCGAUCAUUUGUACUAUGUGCAUCAGCGUCCAUACUCUAUACGACGCAUCAGCAAACGCAAUGGCGGCACUGGACGAGUUAUCCGUGAAUUCUCUGGAGAGGAGAGAAGCAUUUUCAGUUUGAAAGGAUCAUCCGUGUCAUGCAUCAAAAUGUGCUCAAUUGUGCUUCGCUGUGCCGAACAACUCGUCCGCAAAUGA